AUGAGAAAAAAAUAUUUAAUCAUCAUUGCCUUUGAGAAGUUUGUUCAACUGCUGGCUUUUUUUGUCGGUCAGGUGGCUUUAAAGACGUCGUUGUUUAAUUACUUUUGUUUGAAACAAAUAUUUGAAGUCUCUACAAUAUCGUUGCCUACUUUUAAUGUUUUAUGUUGCAAAACAUUUUUGAAAUCUCAAAUCAUUUAUCCUACAUAA